AGGGAAACAAGCUUACUUAACCUCCUCUUGCUUCACCUCGUAAUGAGUGGCCCGGAGCAACACACUGGCCUACUCCAUCCUUGCAAAAACAAUGUUUAUUAGGAACAGUCCGGGGAUAUGCAUAUUAUGAAUAAUUCCUUUCAUUAAUUCGCCGACAUCUCCGUUUUGGAGCCCGGGAAAUCCGAGUGAUUAAUUCGCGAGUCUCGCAAGAAUUUCCUCGACGCCUGCCUGUUGAUUGCGGCGCUGGACUUUUAUUUAUUGGCUGUUGCAAUGAGCUCACAACUCAGGACACCCCGUGGCAAUUAGUCCCGUGUUUUGCAUAUCGCCUUACACUUGUCAGCUUGUCCUCCACGGUCUAUUGCAAAUAGCGUUUUGAUAGACGAGCCUUUACGUCUGACCACGACGAGCACCUUGUUUUUUUUAUUUUAUUUUUUUUUGGGGGGGGGGGGGGGUUAGGUAAAUUUGACUGAAUUUUUUUUUUACCGUUGCCACUUUUUUUUGAUAGGCUUAAAAAAAAAAAAAAACAGUGUCAGGUUCUCAGCCAAUUAGAGAGGGAUACGGCCUGGUACCGCAUAUCAGUGUUGGAGGGGGGAAAGGGGAGUUCUGCCUCUGGUGUUGAAAACGAGCCUCUGCCGCGCUCGCACAGAAAAAAGUUUGGUGGGGAAAGAGCAGACGUCGUCUCCUCCUCCUCCUCGCCGCGAGGGAGUGAUUAAUUAGGGUCGCAGUGAAAUACUUCGUGUAGCCAAUAAAUUAGCGGCUCCGGAGACCUUUUUACGCACACAGGUGAGGCGUCGGGUGCGCGCGCGGGGACCGCUGCGCAACGGCACUUUUUAAGGAUAGAGCUGCGCGUCGGCUGUACGCGGUCCCGUCGAAGCCCCCUCGGAUCGCCUUCAUGUCGUUCUUCAAGACGGCGCCUUUGAGAAACACCAGAGGUAACGUCCGCGUUAUAGACCACCGACCAGAGGCUGUUCCUACGCGAGUUUGUACAGUGGAAAAGUAGGAGGGAAAAAAAAGGCCUGGCAGGGAUUUGAUUUGUGCUGCAGCUCUCCUGACAUGUCACUGAGCCACCAGCACAAAUUCGGUUGAAGUGUGGACAGGUGUCUCUACUGUCAUUUGGCUUUUUUUUUCUUCUUGUUUCCCCCCCCCAAGUUUUGUUUGUUGGGGGAUGAGCUGUAGAGUACAGGGAAACGUUGUACUUUAACUUGGAGCAUCCAGCAAUUUGACAACAGACUCACGAAAAGAUUCAAUGAUGAGAAGUAAAGUAAAUUAUUUAAUAAAUAAUGCAGAUGAAAUGACAUUUAAAAUGGCGGAUAACAGUAUAAGUUAUAGUUAAACAGUGGCAUGCAGACUGAAAAUGAAUAAAUAACGUGCUGUGUCUGAAAUAAGUUGAGGUCAAAUAAAACGUGCAACGCAGGUCAGUGAUGUGUUGUCUAACCCUCAGGUCUGUAGAGUGCACUCGGAUGGUCGGAAGGCAGACGCUCCGAAUGGACAGCGGCACUUGCUCCGGCACGGUGGCGGACGACAGCCCCGCGUCCAGUCCCAGCUCCAGCCCCAGCCCGGACGGCCGCCGUCGGGAGCUGCAGCGGGCCCGGGCGCUCCAGGCCGGCGGGCUCGGCGGGCUCGGCGGGCUCGGCGGCCGGGGACGCCCGGCGGCGGCGAACGCGGCGCGGGAGAGGAGCCGCGUGCAAACCCUGCGGACCGCGUUCCUGGAGCUGCAGAGGACGCUGCCCUCGGUGCCGCCGGACACCAAGCUGUCCAAGCUCGACGUGCUCAUACUGGCCACCACCUACAUUGCCCACUUGACUCGAACACUGCAGGAGGAAGGCGCGGAGGAGGGAGAGAGCACGAAGCACACGGAGGCGUUACACUCGCUGAAGGGUGACGGCUACCUGCACCCAGUGAAGAAAUGGCCGAUGCGGUCCAGACUGUACGUCGGGGCGAGCGGACAGUUCCUGACCACCUCGAACGCAUCAGAGUCAGAGAAUCAAGGCCCGUCGUCGUCCACCUCGCAGCAUCGGGCUUAAAUCAAUUUGUGCGCAACAAUUUCAUAAUUGCAUGAGUUCGUGCUGUUCACUUAGGAGGCAGCAGCAUCAUAUGUCUUAUGAUUGUAGAACAAUAAGCCCAAUACCUGAUGUUACUCCCCAUAAGCCCUGCCGACGUGGAAGACGGUGUAAAUUAAUAUAUUACGUGUAUUUUAUUGUAUAAAUUUUGAGAAGACAUAUAACGUUAUUAUGUUUCUCUGUUGUUGUUUUAUUUUGUUUUGUUGGGCUGAUCCAUGUUUUGCCCUGCGUUGUGCAGUUCCAUACAUGUUUUGAUAUUCGUAGAAAUUCCGUGGGGUAAUGAGCCCCCCGUCACGCCCGAGCUGUGCACUUUGAGUUGAGACAUUUGCACUAAAUGCGUGUGUUGAAUAACUUAACAUCUGUCAUGUGAAGUGGUCUGUCAGGGAGAGUCAACAAUGGAGGCUCUCCGUCUCAUGUUCCUCCCUAUUUUUACAUGCAUGGCUGUAAAAAAAAAAAAAAAAUGGUGUGUUUGUGAAUAAAUGACUUCAGUGAAAGAAGAGA